AUGAAUGCUUGCCGCUGGUGCAGCUGGUCGUGGCGAUGGCGGCGGUUAUGGCCUACUGGCGCUGCUGGUGAUCGUCGUAGUGACGAUGGUGGUGGUGAUGGUGAUGGUGGUAGUAGCGGUGUUGCUGCUGUUGCUUUUGCU